CCUGCGGGUGCUGCUGGAAGAUUCCGGGGAGAUGUUCCGAGUGACAGGCUGCCGCAGCGACAUGACGGUGCGGGAGCUCAAAGAGGAGCUGGACCUAAUAGCCGGCAUCCCCUUCAACCUCCAGCGGCUCCAGUACCUGGACCAAGGAAUUUUGAUGGAUGACGCUACGCUGAAGUUCCACGAUGUUGUUCCUGGUGGAAUUAUUUCAUUAUGUAUCUGGCAUUAUGAUGGAUGGGCGGAACUGGUUUUGGCGGCCGUGGAAGGGGAUUCCAGUAAGCUGUCUUGCCUCGGUGUUGCCGAAGAUUCUUUCUACCGAACAACAAAUACGCAGCAUUUUGAUGACAAGCAGUGGAAGAAGUGGAUUUCUCAGAGAGCGUUCAUGGCGCUCUAUGUUGCCUCACACAGGGGUCACUCGGAGGCUGUUCAGUACCUUCUAGAACACGGUGCCAACUGUCAGGGCAGAUCCCCCGUGGGCAGGACGCCCCUGCACGUGGCUGCAGCCAUGAGCCGGCUGGACUGUAUCAGCCUCCUGCUCAAAUAUGGGGCCUCCAUCAACGACAGAGAUGCCAAGGGGGAGACGCCCAUGUCCCUCGCCUGCCGCCUGAACCGCAGCCAGAGCAGGUGGCGGAUGUUCCUCUUCUACUGGAUGGUGAAGCUGGGGACAAAGGACCCGAGGGACCCUGUCGUGAACAAGGCUUUUCAGAGAGUCAAGGCCGGGUUUGGAUCCAAGAAGGAGAACAAAACGUAGCUCUACCUGGGAAUGUUUGCAUGUCAACUCUGACUUGGGGUAACUUUCCUGAGUUCAGAUCCACGGCGGCCAGUGGCUUUGGGUGAGGAGGAAGGCCGGGAAACGUGGCAGUUCCUCUGAAUCAGAUACGAAACCAUCUGUCCUAUUUGCAAAUGACUUGAGCAGGGUAUUGAUGGAAGUGGGUGAGUUUGUGUUCAUUUCCUAAAUCCAUCACAGACCUAACGGGCUCCCAUGCCAGCCUUUAAUUUUGAGCUAUUUGUUCAUUGUAUCCAGUAACGCUGCUUGGGGUGAUGGGAACCAAUGACCUUCUCUCCCGUCUGGACACCGUCUAAUGCAUCGGCAUAACAGGGGUGAUAGCCGUGAUGAGAGUAGCUCUGCUGUUACGGUACAAAACCAGCUCAGGCAAAUGUCACCAGGUCGUGGGCAGUGUGACCUGUGAAUUUCAGUUUGUAAAAUUCAUGGCACUAGAUGCUCCCUAAGCUAGCAAUGUUCCAGAAGUUUUCCUGAACCUUCCUGGAGGGGUCUGCUGCCUGAGUCUGAGGCGGGGCUGGGGGAGAAGCCAGGCUGACCUGGGGAGCAUCUGAGAUCCUUUUGUCCCAUCCCCAAAGGUCCAAGCACCGCCCUCUCGCUAGCUUUUUCCUUUCCUGCUAGAACUCGGGUAGCUCCAGCAUCCCUACUGUGGGGCAGUGUCUCUGCUGAACUCUAGGCUCGACACCCACAAAAGCUGCUCUGUGGGUGAGUGAGCUGGGUGUGGGAGCCGAGAGGGAGGGGUGAGGACUGGGGUGGACUGACACGCACAUCCUUGUCCGAAGGGGGCACCGCGACUCAGCUGCAGCGGAAAGGUGAGCCAAAGGCAGCUAGAUCUUUGCAGAGCUUCCCAGAGCUGGAAACCUGGCUUGUUGAUCUAAGUCCUGAUUUUUAAGCGUUGGCUUGAAUUAUUUUAAGAUCAGCGUACGGAACAAAAGGAGUAGGAGAUUUGAGGCACAUGGAUGGGACUGCCGACCAUCAUCAAACUAACUCAUUUCACUGGGGAAACGGGUAGAAGCAACCUAAGACUCACUGGAACUUUCCCCGGCUCUAAAGCCACAGGGCGGGAAUGGCCAUGAGUGUUGCCGGGUGGGAAGUGUUGUCCACCCUUCCACCCGUGGCCACACAUGUUUCUCUGAAGCCCUAUAUCCUGACACAGCUUCCGGAGUCAGUCUGUGUGGCAACAGUCUCUCGACCGUUGAAGUUCAGUUUUUUAAGGUGCUGGAAAAUGGCACUGUAUCCCAGCCGCCCUUCUUUCUGACUUACAUCCCAAGAACUGGAUUCCGCUUUUACAUUAAUUGGCCGCAUUUCCCGCUGUCAUGGCAAGUAAGAGCCGUGUUGGUGACUGUAUCUGUUUGACACAUAAUAGUCAGGAAAAAAAAAAUACAGCUCAGCAUCAACAGUGUCAAAACUGAGAUCUUGUUUGCGGCAGACGUUCUCCAAAGUCAAUAGGCAGAUAUUAAAUAACCUCAUCCAGCGGGGUCAGUUCAUUUAGCUAAUGAGGUGUGUUGGCAGGGGGACCUGGGCACCCUUUUAACUUAACAAGUGGUGUGACUCAGAGUCAUGUGUUUUCCGGGAGCUUUGCUCUGCUGUCUUUAUUGUUAGCAGAGCCAGCUGCCUGACAUUUGUCCCCAGAACUUUGGAGGGAAGCCCUCUGUCUUUGUCACCCCCAAUUCAACUAAACACUUGGCUGGCAAUUGGGUGAGUUCCAUACUCUCCAUGGUGACAUUUUGCUCGGUCUGUGGCAGGGUCAUUAAAACAGUCCUGUAGGUCCUGGGGGCUCUUCCUUUUAGACAAUCUUAACAUUCUAGCUAUUAUAUUCAAACAAGCCUGUAUCACCUAUUCAAUAAAAUAUGUCC